AUGACGCCAUUCCCGCUGUCCUCCGCACCUGCCGUUUUCGCUUACGAUACCCUCGCGGCUGCGACUGCUCCGGCUUCCGCUUUCAACUCCUCCGCCGACCUGCCUCAGCCGCAGCGGCCGCAGCAGCCGCAGCUACAGCAGCCGGAAUCGCGCCAUCAACCGCACGUCGCCACGCUCAUUGCGGCUUCCACUGCAACCAAUCCCGUUUCCGCCGCCUCCCCCGCUUCGAACAUCUCCGCCGACCCGCCGCAUCAACCGAAUCAGCCGCGGUCGCAGCACCCGCGUCAGUCGACGCAGCACCCGCAUCAGCCGCAGCCGCAGCAGCCGCUGUCGCGCCUCCAGGCACACGCCAUGCUCAUCGCCGCCGCCACAGGCCGCGUCGCGCUGCCCAAUCUUUCCGGCGCUCGUCCCGCCCCAACCCCUAGCGAGAAUGUUAGCAACGAUAAUUGCGUCGAAAACGGCUGCCUGACGAAUAGCAACGGCAAGACUGAUAUACGCGAUACUGUCAGCAUCGGUACUCGCAGGAGCGUGGCCUCAGCGUCGCACGGCAACUCCGACGCUCCGCCGGAGCCCGCGACGGCAGUGACGACAGCCGCGUGCGACGCGCCGGCUUAUAACAAAAUUGCUUUUAACGAAGCCGCGACGUCAGUUCGUGCGUGCCGUCCGCCGGCACAGCAACCGGUGGGGUCGGCAGCGUCCGGCAGCAGAGGCGCGAGCGGCACGAACGAACGGAGCGGCAACGGGGGUGGCGACACGAACGGGGGAAGCGGGGUGAAUGGCAGCUGCGGCGGUGGCUGCGGACUCGGCGGCGGAUACAGCGGCGGCUCGGGCGGCGCCUUUGACGGCGGCUUUGGCGGCGAUGGGUACAGCAGCGCGAAGGCAACGCAGGCAGUCCCUAUCAGCACAAAGUCUCCGCUUUCCUCGACGGAUCUUAGAACCGAAACGACCAAUAGCGGCGCCGCCCACCCUUGCCUGAGACCCUUCAACGUAGUAGCAGUAACGGCCAAUCCCUUAGUCCGCGGAAACUCGUUACUAGUCCAAGGAAACUCGUUAAUACGCGGUGGUGAGGUCAUAGCCCGAAAUGGCUCCGCAAAUCUGGGAGAUGCGAUAACCCGUCUCCUUUCCGACACCGUGGCGUCGCCUCCUGUGCCACCGCCUGUGCCGCCAGCUGCGCCGCCGCUGAUGCAGCAGCCCUUGAAACGAUCUUCUCCGCCCAUCCCAACGUUCUCCGCUCCGCCCUCCCGAACCAGCGGCGACCCUGCCGAGACUCUUCCCAAACCUCCUUCCGAACCUUCUUACGAGCCUCGUUCCUGGCCUUCCUUUCCCGAACCUCUCCGCCCGUCGCAUGCGAACCCUCUGCCCGCGUCCCCCCAGCCCUCGUGCGCGCAGAGCGCCGCCCCAUCCGCUUCCCCUUUACCCGCGGCUCUGGCCGCGCUUCUGGGCAUGACACGUGGCACGGAUCCGCUACAGUUCAUGGGAAUCGAACGGCGGCGGAAUGAUCUGCUACUAGCCGCGGCAUCGGCGCGCAGCACCUGCGGCGUCCCGUCGGUGAACUGCCCGUCGCAAAGCAAUCUCGUCUCGCAGAUCUCCUCCCAUCCGUCCGAUUCCCUCUCAUCUCAUCCGUUCAAUUCGCUCCCUGCUGCGCCAUCCGCGUCCUUUCCGUGUCUGCCGCGGCACGCAGCAGCGGGCGCAGGGGGGGUGUCAGGUGGCACAGGAGAAUUCACGUUUGGAUCGUUGGGUGCAGCAGGGUUAGGUGCGGUUGGGAACGAUGUGAUGAUGGGAGGACGGGAUGCGAUGGCAGCAGCAGUAGCAGCAGCAGCAGCAGCGGUGCAGGGGGUGUAUAGACAGGCUCUGCUGGACCGAUACAUGCAGGAGCAGCAGGCAAGCAGAUUGCACACUGCCAUGCCCACUGUUUCAGCCGCUGCUGCUGCUGCCGCUGGUGGUGCUGGUGCUGGUGCUGCUGCUGCUGCUGCUGCUGCUGCUGCUGGUGGCGUUUUUCCUGCCUGCGCUUCUGGCAGUGGCAGUGCAAGUGCAAGCUCCAGCGCUGCUGCUCGUGUGUGUGCUGGCAACAGUUCUGGGAACAGUGUUGCCAAUGCUGCUGGCAACGGUGCUGUCAAUGCUGCUGCCAGCAGUGCUGCCAGUGCACACGUUUUACGGCAGUUAAAGCGGCAGUUAUCAGCAGCAGGAGCAGCAGCAGCCGUUGCCCUUCAUGCUUCUGCUGCGCUGCCCCUACCUGAACGUGCUACUGCUGAUGCGUCUGGGUGUGAGAGUGCACCUCUGUGGGAUGGUGUGUCCGGGUGUGCCGGUGUGUCGCUGGGUCAGUGGGACUCGUGGGAGCAGCUGCAGCAGCCUGCAACUGUAGAGGAGCUCGUGCUGCAGCAGUGCAAUAAAAGCAAGAAAUUCUCACCUUCCGCCGACGAAGCUUCCGCCGCCCCCGCUUCUGUGCUGACCUUCCGCAACAUCUGCUACUCCGUCUCCGUCAAGCAGCGCAAGGGGGAGCCUUCCACCGCUGGCCCGCACUUCACGCGGCAGGACAGCACGCUCGCGAAUUUCGCCAGAUUGCCGCCUCAACCGGGUAUUCAAGAACCGCCGGUCUCUGCGGCGGCCGCGGUGCAAGCGGAUGGCGGUGCAACUGGCGGCGGCGGGAUCGCCAAUGGAUUCCGACGGAAGCGCGUUCGGCGGCAGAUUCUGACGGGCGUGAACGGCGAGGCGCGGUCGGGGGAGGUGACGGCGAUCAUGGGCGCAAGCGGAGGCGGAAAGACGACGCUGCUGAACAUCCUGGCGCAGCGGAUCUCGUCGGGGCGGCGGAGGGGAACGGUGAAGCUGGACGCCGCGGAGGUGUGCGCGGGGACAAUGCGGCGCGUGUCCGCGUACGUGAUGCAGGACGACGUGCUGUUUCCGUCGCUCACGGUGCGCGAGACCCUCAUGUCCGCCGCAGAGCUGCGCCUGGAGCCGCGAUUCUCGCGACGCGAGAAGGAGGAGAAGGUCGCGCGAUUGAUCGACAUGCUGGGGCUUGCGAAAGUGGAGAACUCGCCAAUCGGUGGAGAGACCAAGAGGUGA